AUGCAACUAACCCAGCCAAGCGAUCUAAGCCAGCAAAGCCUCCCAAGCCAAUUAAUCAACCCUACCCAGCCAACGCAGCCGACCCAACAAAGUGACACUAAUCAAUUCCCAACCCAAUCUGGGACCCCCGCCAGUAUCCAAUCGAAUCCGUCCGUGCGAUCGGCCGCUGCUACUGCAUCCAAGCGUCCUGGGAGGCAAAAGGGAUCAUUUGGAUACACCACUCCAGACUGCUUGGCUCUGGUGAAUGCAGUCAAGAUGUAUCUCCCUUUGGGCUCCCAGGAGUGGGGAUAUGUUCAAGUGGAAUUCAAUAAAUACGCACAGGAGAGUGGUCGACCAACCAGAGAGGCCGAUGCUUUAAAGCUCAAAUUCCGAGCCUUAGCAAACCAGACAAAACCGACAGGUGAUGCGGACUGUCCAUCAUAUGUUUGCGAGGCCAAAGCGACUCAAGUAUCGAUCGACAGACGAGCUCAUGUUAUCUCUUGUAACGAUACUGAAAAUACAAAUAACGGGAAUGAUAUUGAAGGAGGAGUUGACGGUUUGAUGCAGGAGAAUGAAUUACCCGAGUCGGACUUAGAUGGAAACGAGGAUACACUUCCUGACCCUCUCGAUCUAACCUCACCUCCGUCGACAAACCCUGCCGAGCAAUCUCGAUCAGACAACUCUGGACCGAACUCACGAUGCUUUAGCGCGUGGAACCAAAGGUUGUCAACCGGUGGUUCAGGUUCAGGUUCUCACCAAAAUCCUUUGGUGAAUCGACCAGACACUCGGGUGCGAUCAGAUGGCCCUUACAGGGGCGCAGCGCAAUCCAGAAGGCCUGGUCAGCCUCCUGCCGAACUUGAAAAUAACAUGAUUUCGUUCUUUGAUCCUCAAGCGCGUGAGGUACGCGAUCAUGAACGCAGCAUCUCGCAAUUCUAUGCGGUUGCUUUGCAGGAUUCUCGUGCGGCAAAUGUUCGUCUAGAAGCAGAGAUAAGAGAACUACGCGAUGGGGAUAAAGGUCAAGCAAACCAAUUAAGGAUCGAAAACGAUCGACUCAAGGAGAAGUUAACCGCGCAACAAUUCGAGAUCCAAGGACUUAAGAACGAGAUCAAGUUUUUGCAAUUGCGAAUCGAUUUUGCCGGUAAUACUCAGUCACGUCCAUCUCAACCGCCCAACACAUCCCUUGACACUGGGGGUUGAUAAACGCAAGCCAACCCCCCUUGCGCACGCCAAACUGCACGCCAGGCGCAGAUUGGCG